AUAAAUGCAAUACUAGCAAGAGGAGGAGGAGGAGGAGGCAAAUUGGGUUGACAGAAGAAAAGGUUACUGAGAGAGCACACAGGAGCCAUGGGAGAGGAGGUCAACAAGGCACAAAUACCACCCGUUAAGCCACACUUUGUGCUGGUCCAUGGUAUGAGUGGAGGAGCUUGGUGCUGGUUCAAAAUCAGAAGCCUCAUGGAGAAUUCUGGGUACAAAGUCUCAUGUAUUGACCUCAAAAGUGCGGGAAUUGAUCCUUCUGAUGCUAAUUCUAUUCAUUCUUUUGAUGAUUACAAUAAACCCUUAAUCGACUUCAUGUCUGCCUUGCCUCACGAUGAACAGGUGAUACUGGUGGGGCACAGUGCCGGCGGCUUAAGCAUAACGCAGGCCACCCACAAGUUCGCAAAGAAAAUCCGGUUGGCUGUGUAUGUUGCAGCCACCAUGCUGAAACACGGAUUCUGUGCAGAUCAAGAUGCCAAAGAUGGCGUCCCUGAUUUAUCCCAAUUUGGUGAUGUUUACGCGUUUAGAUUUGGCUUGGGAGGUAAUCAGCCUCCAACAAGCGCCAUUGUGAAGAAAGAAUUCCAGAGAAAAAUCAUCUAUCAAAUGAGUCCUCCAGAGGAUUCCACUCUAGCUGCUAUGCUUUUGAAGCCAGGACCUGUUCUAGCACUAAAAUCUGCCAGGUUCAGCCAAGAGAAUGAGAGUGUGGAGGGUGUGCCUCGUGUUUGCAUCAAAACACUAAAUGAUAAUGUUUUGAAAGCAGAGCAACAAGAUGCCAUGAUAAAGAGAUGGCCACCAUCUAAUGUUUAUGUUUUGGAGAGUGACCACAGCCCAUUUUUCUCCACCCCAUUUCUGCUAUUCGGCUUGCUUGUCAAAGCUGCUGCUUCUAUUGGGUACUGUAUCUAGUUUGCUUAGGAUGAAAUAAAUGUAUGUCCAUUCAAAAGAUUAAUUUGAUUUUCGUAUUAAUGCAAUUGAAACCUUUGUAGCA